GCGCCGCAAGGGAUGCAGGCAUAACCGCAAUCAUUGACAGCACCCCAAAUUGUACAUACAUGUGAUUUUUACUCGUCAGUACCACAAACCUCCGAAAAUGGAGAGCAAAUCGUUCUAUCGGAAUGUCUUUUUGUUGACUCAAAUGGUGCCUCCGGGAAAAGAAUUCAAGAAGUACUUCAAAGAGGGAAUGUUCGAUAAGCCGAAUACAGUGGGUUUCAUCCACGUCUCCCACUACCUGCUAUCAACCUACGACGAAGAUCGUUUCAAAAAGUCAGUCGACUGGCCAAUCCUCGACAAAAAGGACGAGGGAAAGUACAGGAACGAGGUGAAGGACUUCAUGAACACAAUAGCCACAGAAAACCCCGACAUCGAAUUAUCCCAAAUCCUGCCCUCACACUUGCACACAGCGAGUGGCACAAGAUUCGUGAGCCUGAUGUGGAAGCUGUCGACAAUAGUCCUGAGAGUGACCCUAAAAAAGCAGGGGGCAGAGCCCCUGAACAUGGCCCCGAAGUCAGGGGACGAGGACAUUCUCACGAAGAAUUUGCUAACCAACAUCAUAGCUGACAAGAAGAAGGAGAUUCUGGAGCUUCACAACAGGAGCAUGAGCACAGAGACGAGGGCACAGGCCCGGGCAGCAGAGAUGGCGAGAUCCAUCGAGACAGCGCAAUCGGAGUGGUUCGAGGUGAAGCAGCGGCUGGAGAAUGUCGUGGCAGCAGCUACGAUCCACCCAGACAUCAAGAAGAGGAUGGCUGACCCCAAUGACGAGGAGAUUGUGCUAAUGUGGAAGGAUAAUCUCAGCAAGAGUCUGGGGUACCUCAGGGGCCAGCAAGACAUCCUCAGGGAAUUGAGGGAGAAGAGUGAUAACACUGCUGCUGUCGUCGACAGCGUUUUAAAUAGUGACUCUAAUUGUUUAGAUGCUAAUAAUCUACCGAGGAUUGACACUCAAAAGCUGUUGGAACUGGGGAAUUUGGAUCCUGAGACUCAGGUUGCAGUGCACCAUUUAUACGAGGACAACAAGCUGAACCUCUUGAACCUCCUCAUAAUCUUCAAAUGUCUCCUGAAAAAUCUUCGCGUGGACAUUCAGAAGAAUUCAUUUCCAGACUUUACAGAUUGCAAUCUCCAGAUCCAAGCGAGCACUGCUGAUCUGAAUCAAAUGUGCGAAUUGGUCUCUUCAUUCCAGUCGACAGUGGCCCUUCUAGCUUCUAAAGUGAAACCCACCAGCAAUCCAGCCCCCAAGAACCACAAUCUCUCGUUCCAUCUCGAUCCCGAGGUGUUCGAGUCAGUAGUCCUCAAAUCGUCUCCAACGAUUCAUCUGAAUUCCAAUAAUGAGCCUGAGAGGUACGAUGCUGCUGAACGACUGGAGCUAACGCCGGUGGAAAAUGUCCACAAGUCCCUGUUUCUGCGUUACAAGAACAACGAGACACCAACGAUUCCCAAGGCCUUCAAAACGAGGCCAAAACUGGUCGUUUCGAGGAUCAAUUUUGAUGACUCGAUGUCAUCGACAGUCAGUGAAAAAUUCUCACCACCGAAACGACUUGUGAAACCCAUUGGAUCUACAGCGAAGGGAAAAUUCUCAAGAUUAUUCAGUACAACCCAGAAGAGAGGUCUCUACAAUCACACGAUAGCCUCCCCAGGGCCCUGGAAGACAAAUUCCAUCGACAAUAGCAUUGCUGGAGACGUUUACAACAUGUCUGACUUGAAGCCUCACCUCGGGAACAAAAGUUCCUUCAACUUGAGCCGAGAUCUGUCGGCUCCCAUGAACUCCACACCCGAAAAAGUCACUGGACACAAGCAGAUGAUCUACGUCGACAGACCAGCCUUCAACUCGACUGAGAUUGUCAGUGAGCUCACCACGAUUUCUGAGAAUAUGGAGAUCAUGCUGACUGUUGGAGCGAGCCCCAACGUUCAGAGGAGGGAGAAAAGAGAGGACAGCAACAGGAGAAUUUCCAUUGGGGAUCUUGUGGAGAAGUAUAAAAAGAUUAGGGAGCAGUCUGCCAAUGUUACAUACCUGGAGCACAGUGGAGACAAUUCCGAUGACAGUACUAAGUGAUAAUUUAAUUUCUUGCUGUGGAAAAUGAUCUUUUUUGUUUUAUAUUUUUUAAUAAAUUUGUUUUGCAUAGAA